AUGGCCGCGGAGAAGAAACCCGAGAGCGCGCCCGCGCCCGAGACCGCGUCCGGCGGCGGCGCGAGCGUCCUCGCCCUGGAAGGCGACAUGCGCGAGCUCGGGGCGCAGCUCGACGACCUGGAGCAUCAGCUCCGGAAACAGAAGCACCUGUUCGAAGUUCAGGUGAAGCGCAACGGCGUGGAGCUGCCGCCGCCGUCGCCGCACGAGCUCGCGACCGCGGCCGCGACGGUCGCGCGCGCGGUCUCCGCGGGGAGUCUCGACGACAUCGACGCGAAGAUCGCCGCCGCGAAGGAGGAGAUGGCGGCGCGAUUGAAGCGCCAGGACGAGGCGAAGGCGGAGUUCAAGUCGAUGAAAGCAUCCCUGGAGAAGACCUCGGAACACCUCGCGAAAGCGGAGGUGUACGCGGUGCGAACGCCGAACCUCGGCGGCGUGGAGCCGCCGCAGUGA